CGCAGCAGCUCUGGGAACGUUGAACUCAUCUGCAUUCUUGGCACAUCAGCUGCAUUCGUUGUUGCUGCUCCUCUUCUCCGGGCUCGCUCUUUCGGGGAAACUGGUUUAACCGAUCCGUUUCUAAGGAAAAGACGGGGCGCCGAGUCGGGAAGAUGAUGGCACCGGACCCGCUGCGAUCCGCCACGACCGUCGGGGGCGCGGAGGACACCUCGCUCGCGCUGCCGUCUGACAGGAGCCUGAGCUCCGGGAAGCAGCGCGUGCUCGAGCAGGUUCACAGCAUUAAGAGGACCAAGUCCAAACACGGCCAAAGCAGCCCGCUGUCUCCUACAAGCCCAUCACCCAAAAAUUUCACCACCUAUAAUGAGUUUGGGACGUACAAGUUGAUGGCGUCUAAAGGAAAUGACCUCGUGAGUCGCACCAACUCCACCAUGUCGGCAGGCUACAACAAACUGGCAAAUUACCAGAAGAGUCGUAGUCAAUCUGCUAGAUUUCCCAUUAGAAGAAACGUCAGCUCGUCGAGCGCAUGGGAACAGCAGAUCAACACCACUGUCGGACAAAAGAAACCCAACGGACUGACAACCAGUCGCAGUGAUCCUACUUUGGCCCCUCCUCGUUCUCCCGGAACAGCUACCAUGAGACUCAAAGGGCAGAAUGCUUUUCAAGUUCAUCAGCAGAGCACCUCCUCCAUGGUUAAUGGCGUAUACCACUCUGACAGCCAAACACGCAUCAACCAGCCACCUUCUAACCAAAUUCAAACGGAUGGCAGGAUGAGCACAAUCAAAAUGUCCAAAAUAGAGCAGACGUCAGCGGUAAACUCUGCAAUGAGCAUGUCGGAUAAUACUCUUAAAGAAGCUGUGGAGUUGCUGUGUUCCACUGACGAAAAUGGCCAGCUGUAUGGAGCCAACUUCAUCCAGCACGUCACCUUCAACGAGGAGAGCACCAAAACAGAGGUAUACCAACUCGGUGGUAUUCCAGCUCUGGUGAACCUGUUGGACAGCUCCAAUUUACAGAUCAGCACAGCUGUUGCUGGGGCUUUGAGGAAUCUUGUUUUUAAGAAUAAGACCAACAAGCUGGAAGUUCAUCACUGUGGUGGUAUAGCCAAGGCCUUGAAUCUACUAAAGAAGACUAAUUCUACUGAGACCAAGAAGCAAAUCACUGGUCUGCUGUGGAACCUGUCUUCUGAUGAUGACUUGAAAAGAGAUCUAAUAGACACUGCUAUGCCUGCUCUGACUGAAAAUGUGGUAGUGCCAUUCAUCUCAAGCGACGAUGACAUGAGAUGUGUAGACUCCAAUGUCUUCCACAACACUACAGGCUGCCUGAGGAACCUGAGCAGUGGCAGUGUCAAAGAAAGGAACAAGAUGAGAAACUGCUCCGACCUCAUCAACUCACUCAUGAGUUACGUUGGGUCCUGUGCCGAAAAAGAAAACCCUGACGAGCAGUCUGUGGAGAACUGCGUAUGCAUUCUCCAUAAUUUGACCUUUCAACUGGAGAAGGAGUGUCCAGAGAUUUUCAAUCAGGAUUUCCAAUCCAGAGCAUCCGUAAGUGAGGAGAAGAAAAGCGCCCCAGUUGGCUGCUUCAGCCCGAGGAGCAGCAAGGUUCCAAACAAGAUUUCUUUGGAGACACUUCCAGAAAGCAGUGCUGACUCAUCCACAUCAGGAGUGAAGUGGCUGUGUCAUCCCAAAGCCAUUGACAACUACCUGCUUUUGCUGGAAUCAUCCACUAACGAACCCACUCGAGAGGCCAGCUGCGGUGCCCUGCAGAACCUCACCACCAGCAAAGAAGGGUCUGGUGCCGUGAGCCAAAUUUUGCUUCAGAAGUUUAAAUCUUUUCCCAUCUUGGAGUCUCUGGUGAAAUCAGAAAACCGCACCAUUCAGAAGACCACCUUGUCCUUGCUGGACAACAUGUCCCGCAGCAGAAUGCAGAUCGACAUGGCAAGGCAGAUGUUGCCGGACUUGAUUACCUUCCUUGACUCCAACACAGAGGAAAUGGUGUUCUGUGAUGAAGAAGCUGUGUCACUUUGUCACACAGUGCUGAGACUGAUGCUGUCAGACAGUGAGGUCACGAAGAAGAUCAUUGAUAAAAACAAGGUUUCUCAACUGAUAAAAUUAAGCGAAAAUAAAGCGGCAUCAUAUCCUAAAGGGAGCGAAGCAGCCUCAGUGCUGUUGUACAACUUGUGGAAUGACAAGAAUUUGCACAGCACUGUGAAAAAGAUGGGAUUGUCAAAAAAUCACUUCAUCAGCAGAAAGUGUGAGGAAGCCAGCGAGUCAUUGUUCAGCAAAAUUCAAACAGAAUGAUGAAGCAUAAGGUCAACGUGAUGCCUGAAAGAAGGAAACCAAAGGUAAUUACAAAGUGCAGCGGCCGCACCCUAUAAAACAUCAUCCUCACUGAUACCCAUGUUGAAAGAUGCCAUUAAUUAUGACUUAAUCAUAUAUUGUAUAUUUAUGUAUAUAUAGAAAGAGAUCAUAGAUUUGAGUUUCAUGGAUAAUCAUGAGGUGUUUGUAUUUAAUUUGGAAAUGUUUGUACAAAGAUGUCUUUUGGUUGGUUGGUUGGUUGGUUAAAUGUAAGUUUGAGUGUGUACUUGUUUGCACUCUGAAAUCCAGUU